AUGAUACACCUUUCCGUUGACAACCUGCAGGUCGCAAUAAAGCAUUGCCAAGUUAGCAAUACAGAGACACGCAUGCGCCAAAUUAUGGGGUGCGCCUCGCAGCAUAAACUAGGUACCAUGGGGUUGGUAUCCGGCUCCAGGCCGCGGUUGCCGCACCCCGUCGGUGCCCGGAUUGCUGCCUCCCGAGCGUUGACGGACAGCCGCAGCAAUACGGCUUAA